AUGAAAACACGAUUUCUUUCGUAUUUUCUCGUUCUCAUAUUCGUCGUGUUAAUACCCAAUCGGGCGAUAAGUCGGCGUGAGCCAAACGGUGCCUCCGAUUUAUUAAUAUUGGAUGGGGUGGACGGCCGGAUUGAAGAGGAUGAAAACACGUUUUCUGUGAUAAGAUUGGAAGAAGAAGAAGCGUGCGAGCAAAUGUACGGAUUUCUGCCGUGUUCGAAGAGUAUAUGGGGACACGUUUUCUUGAUUGUGGUGUACGAGUAUCUAUUGUUUCAUGGGGAAUCCUAUGUUGCUGCUGGAGGAGAGAGAAUCUUCAAGAUUCUGGGACCAGGUGUUUUUGGCGCGUGUGCUUUUCAGAUCAUCGGAGCUUUUCCAGAAGCACUUAUACUUCUUGUAUCUGGAUUGUUGAACAACAAAGAAGUAGCUCAAGAAUGCGUGUUAACCGGAGUCGGGUUGCUCGCCGGAUCCUCCAUUUUGCUUCUCACUCUUGUUUGGGGAACCUGCGUUAUUCUCGGCAGUCAACAUUUUCCCAAUUCUUCUCAAUCUUCAGAUUCCACAAAUCAAAACCCUAUUCAAAAUUUCUUCUUAUCACUAUGGCCUGGUUAUGGCGUAGUGACAGAUUCAUGGACGGGCUACACCGCAUGGAUAAUGCUUAUCUCAGCGAUCCCGUUUACGAUCAUCCAAUUUCCAGUACUCUUCGAUUUAUCUUACUUCUGGGAGCGAAUAUUCGUCGUGGUCGCUCUGCUUGUUUCUGUCACAUUCUUGCUUUCUUACUUCUUCUAUCAGUUGUUUCAGCCUUGGAUUCAAGGGAGGCAACUAUUGUAUCUAAAGCAUGGCCAUUUAGUUGUAGACAUACUUAAACAUGUGCAAAAUCAUACGAACGAGACCCUCUUCUCCGAUGACGGUGCUCCGGAUUUAUCUGUUAUAAGAAGAAUAUUUAAAGUUACGGAUCGAGAUGGAGACGAAACUAUCGAUGCUUCUGAGCUCAAAGGGUUUCUCCAAGAAAUUAAAUUUAGAAAAAUGUACUCCGACAAAGACAAAGCAACCCAAGACAUGAUGAAGGAAUUCGAUGUGGACGAUAACAAGAAGAUAAAUAUUAAUGAGUUUGUUAAGGGAAUGGAGAAAUGGGUUGAGGAGACAAAGAAGGACUCCGGCGAAACCUAUCGCUUAGAUGAGGUACCCUACUUUUCAUAUGAUUGCAGCGGUAAAUUAACGUAUUUUCGUAUCGUAGUACAAAAUAAAUUUUUAGCAUUCUUGAUGAAUUUGCAUACUGCUAAAGUUUGUGUGUUUUGUAUAGGGGUGGAAAUUGGAACGGAUUUUCCGAUUUUCGCCGUUUCCAAUCCCAGAUUUUAUUAUUUUGGAACAACAUUUUCCAUUCCGAAUUCGAUUUUUUGCCAAAAUUUUUUGGAUCUAAAUUGGAUUAUUUAUAAGAUCCGAUUUUUAUUCGAUCUUUUUGGAUCGGAAUUGGAAAUAUUUUCGACAAUGCUAAUUCCGAUCGGUCCAAUUUCAACCCAUAGUUUUGUCCACCAAGUUCUCCGCCCUUGGAUGGAGAAGAAAAGGGAGGAACGAGAAAUUAUGAAAAAUAUCGUUCCAGAAAUUUUAGAGCAUCUUCAGAGCUCCACACACGGCAGCCUUUUAACAGAAGAUGGAACUCCAGAUAUACCUGCUAUAAAAAGGUUGUUCAAAGACAUUGACCAUGAUAAAGAUGACCUCAUCUCGUAUUCCGAGCUCAGAGAUCUUAUGAUGGAUAUUAAAUUCGGAAGCAUACCACAUGAUAUAGAUGAAGCAGCUUCCAAAAUGAUGGAAGAACUCGAUAUAAGUGGAGAUAAAUUGAUAAACGAGGAUGAAUUCGUAACUGGAUUGUCGAAUUGGCUGAACGCAAUCAGUAUUAAUCAAACUCCAAAACCCGAGCAAAUUAAUGAAGAAUCUGAUUAUCACCAAAACUGGGAAGAGACGGACAAGUUAGUGGAAAGUAAAUUCGUCGAUAAAUCGCCGUUUGCAUGGAUUAAAGCGAUAUCCCUUUUGGUACUCGGGAUUGUUAUGUUAGGUCUUUUAGCCGAACCCCUUAUUCACAGUGUUCAGAGCCUGUCGAAAGCUGCAAGCAUACCCUCGUUUUUCAUCGCUUUCAUCUUCGUCCCGUUAGCCACAAAUGCCAGAAUAACAAUAUCUGCUAUCGGUGAAGUUCGACGGAAGAAGCUAAACAUCACUUCGUUGACAUUUUCCGAGAUAUACGGGACGGUGUUGAUGAACAAUCUUCUGGGGUUUUCGGUACUUCUUUCGCUGAUUUAUUUCCGUGGAUUUUCGUGGGAUUUCUCCGUCGAGGUUCUUAUGGUGCUAAUUGUGUGUGCUGUUAUGGGAUGCUUGGCAAGUUUCAGCACUGUUUUUCCUGUUUGGACAGCUGUCUUUGCUUGUAUGCUGUAUCCUUUGUCUUUGGUUUUAGUUACUGUUCUUGGUGAUUUCAACUGGUUAUAAUCAUAGUACAGUAUCAGUAAAAUUUAUUUGUCUAUUGAAAUUCAACAAAUUGCAUGAUUUUGAAAAGGAAUAUGAAUAAGUAUUUGGUUUCUUGUUCAA